GCGUUUUAUUAGUCGAGGAAAUGGAUGGUCUGGUACGAGAACUUUGUUUUCCUGCGUUGGCCAACGAUUUGGCUAAUUCCAUACGGAACUCCUUUAGCGGUUUUGACGUUAGACGUGCUGUGUUGCAGUCCUUUCUAUACAGAAGCCAGGCGGUGAUCAUUGACAUAUCAAGAACCCAUGUGGAAAUUAGGAAGUACCAUCUUUUCGAUCUGCUUGGACUGCGAUACAGACCAAAAGUAGGAAUAAAUAGAGCGGGGCCAUCCACAGAUACUGAUGACGAUGAAGUGAAGAAAGCCAGGAUCGAUUUGUGUUCGGCUCCGUCCGCAGCCGCAGCCAGGACGGGUUAUGAUAUUGGGAAAUACGUAUGUCAUCCUCCAAGCAAUGACGAGGAAAAGCUGAGAGCAUUAAAAGAGCCUUGGAUUCCUCCGGACACAUUUAAAUUUCCAGUCACUGACACCGGUAAAAAGAAACUUUCUUUUCAACGCCAUUGGACUAACAGGUACUCAUGGCUUGUAUAUUCAAACCUCAUGCAGGGAGCACUUUGCAAAGUAUGUGUUCUACUUGGAAACACGCAAGGUGGUCGUGGUCAUCAAGAACUUGGAGCCUUUGUUAGUAAGCCAUUUAUUAACUGGAAGAAAGCUUUAGAGAGCUUUGAUCACCAUGCAGAUACGAAGUAUCACAAAUUUGCUGUUGAGCAGGCAGCAAAUUUUGCAAGGAUCAUGGAAGGAAAAACGCUUGAUGUUACAGAAUGCUUAAAUGUAGAAUACAAUAAAAUUGCCGAAGAGAACAGAAAAAGAUUAAAAGCCAUUGUUGAAACAAUUAUUCUUUGCGGAAGGCAAGCAAUAGCACUAAGAGGAAGUCAUGAUUCUGGAGAAAUUGGGAUAAAUGAGCCUGAACAUAAUGAUGGUAAUUUUAGAGCACUUCUUCGUUUUCGUGCGCGAUCUGGCGAUGAAGCACUCAAGAAUCAUUUACUAACACAAAACAUUCACAGUAGAGCCAUGUAUACGUCAUCAGUAAUUCAAAAUGAGGUGAUUGAACUAUGUGGUAGUGCUAUUCAAACGCAAGUACUUAAUAGGGUCAAAGAGGCUGGUUUUUUUACUAUACUUGCUGAUGAAACACAAGACAUUUCACGGCGAGAACAAUUAGCGUUAUGUUUACGAUAUGUACACUGCUCAUCUGGGAAAUCGGUUAUACGGGAAGAUUUUUUAGAAUUCAUUCACGUAGAAGAUGUUUCAGCUCAAGCUUUGGCAACGACUAUUAUAUCACAUCUUUUAUCAUAUAACUUGGAUAUGGAUAAAUGGAUUGGUCAAGGCUAUGAUGGCGCUGCAGUGAUGAGCGGCCGGUUACGGGGCGUAAGAACAAUAAUCUCAGAGCAAUACCCGAAGGCGCAAUUCGUACACUGUGUUGCUCAUGUUCUUAACUUAGUUUUAGCGCAUUCAUGUGAGAUACCAAUGAUACGUAACUGUAUCGGAACCAUUAAGAGCGUAAUAAACUUUUUUCGCCAAUCACCGCUUCGCGACGGACUUUUGAAGAAAAUUGCGGAUCAAAUUAACUCAUCUCAUUCAACGCUUAUCUCUCUUUGUGAGACAAGAUGGACCGAGAAACACGUGGCUGUCGAAAGAUUUGCAGAAAUGGUUCCCGUUAUACGCGAAACACUUGGGGCACUUCAAGAUGCUGCAAGCAGCGACGUCGCUACUCAAGCAUACCAUCUUCAAACCGCUAUGGAUAACAGCCAGUUUAUUGUUUCUUUAGUUAUACUGAGAAAAGUUUUUUCAUAUACAGCAAACCUUAACAAAGCAAUGCAGAAAGUCAAUGUCGAUUUGACCAACAUUUGCGAAUAUACAAAAACGCAAGCGCAGCAGAUGAGUUCAGGCGAUAUAGUCGUGCCAAGAAUAACUGGAAGGCAAACCCUGCGCAAUAAUAUUGCAGCAGAAACUGCCGAAAUAUACUACCGACGAAAUGUGUUUUACCCUUUCAUUGAUCAUGUUAUUGCAGAACUCGACGCUCGUUUUAAACCACAUGAAUCGACGAUCGAAGGAAUUCAAAUGCUGUUACCUGAAAAAACUAGUAAUGACUCCAGGAUAAAAGAAAAUCUUGAAAAAAUUGCACAAACAUUUCUUGGUGGAGAAAAUGAAGGCACAAUAUUUCUGAGUGAAUAUGAGAUAUGGCACAAUCACUGGAAAUCUGUAGCACAAAAACCUGCAACUGUGCUUGACGCUAUCGAUAACUGCGAUGAUCAGUUCUUCCCUUCAAUAAAAAAGCUUCUAAUUAUCUUAGCCACACUCCCAGUGUCCACUGCAACCCCUGAAAGAUCUUUCUCUACCUUAAAGAGGUUAAAAACUUAUCUACCUAAGAAAUAA